ACUGAACACACACUUCAGACCACAAGCAGCAAGACUCCGAAGCCGAGAGUACAAGUACCAACCGUGACAGGACAACCAGAACCAGAAGCAGAAGCAGAACCCUUGCGAGCUUACUCGCUCUCACUGGAAUACAGCAGGAGCAACAGAAGAGGUUGGUAGUAAACUCUCUGGAGUUUGAUCAGAGUCGCUUUGUGCAGUUGCGCUUGUGGAAGUGAAGUGCACCGAGACUUGGACAUCCACCCCGGGACACCUGGACCCGUUCGGACCCGUUCCCGCGGAAGACUUUGAGACUGUCGGAUGGAGCGCGCUUUUUUGACACGCUAGAGUAACUCACCCAGAUAUGUCCCUAUCAGUCAAGUGAAGAAUUAAACCCGUAUUCGUGGUAGAGAACAGAUCAAACCCUUUCAGAUCAAAGAACCCCAGGCAAGUCGAAAGCACUCGAAUCAAAGGAUCCACCCGUCCCGAAGCAAGAACAUGGAGCGGCGGCUUAUCCCGUUGGCGCUGUGCGCGUGCAUGUGUGUGAUGUUCACCCCGGGCAUCUCCACUCCCUCCGGCCCGGCCUCUGCCACCUGUGCCACCCUGGAGCAGAGUCGGUUCUUCGGUGUGUUCUCCUCUAAGACCGCCCUGCCGUCGUCCCCGUGCUCCUGGACCCUGCAGAACCCCGAUCCCCGUCGCUACACCGUCUACAUGAAGAUCACCAAGCCUACUGAGACCUGCACCCCUCGACAGAUCCGAACCUUCCAGUUUGACUCCUUCCUGGAGACCUCGCGCACGUACCUGGGCAUGGAGAGCUUCGACGAGGUGGUGCGCCUGUGCGACGCUUCCUCCACCGUGGCCUACCUGGAGUCCAGCAAACAGUUCCUGCAGGUGCGGAAGGUGACGCCGAGUCUCGGUGUGGAGGAAGACGAGGGGAGCGACGAAGGCAGCCAGUUCGGCGCUGAGUUUCUGGUCGUGGGAAAGAGGAACCCCAGUAUGCCUGCCUGCGAGAUGCUGUGCCAAUGGUUGGAAGAUUGCCUGUCGACCAGCACCCACGGAAACCCCUGUGGCAUCAUGAUGACCCCCUGCCAGUGCUGGGAACCGCCCAAGAGGAAGAACGGUGGCUGUUACAGAGGCGGAGUCUACACCGAGAAGUGCACGCCCAACACUAGAGACAGCGGCCGCGAUGCAGAGAUCAUGCGAGGCUGGAACGGAUGGGGCCGCUGGUCCGAGUGCAGUAGCGAGUGUGGCGGUGGAGUCCAGGUGCGCAGUCGCGCCUGCCAGCCUGAGGAUGGCGUGUGUGAGGGCGUUGUUGAGGAGGGACGCUCCUGCAACCCUCAGCCAUGCAUCGGUCAAGUGCGGCAGAGAAGUCAAGGUCUGCGUUCCAUCAUCGGCCAGCGGCGUGACUCUGAUGGCACCAUCAUGGCUAAUCAGGCCCCUCAGAAAGAAGAAACCCAGCAGGACACGUGGUCCUCAUGGAGUGUGUGUUCUGUGAGCUGCGGUGAAGGCUGGCAAACUCGUGCACGCUCCUGCAUGAUGUCCGGUCACAGCAGCCAAUGCACCGGCCCUUUGAGAGAGAAUCGGCCAUGCAACAACACUGCCGUCUGCCCAGUGAAUGGAUUGUGGGACGAAUGGGCUCCCUGGAGUUUGUGCUCAUCCACAUGUGGUCGUGGAUACCGUGAUCGCGUCCGUACCUGCAAACAACCCCGCAAUGGUGGAGAACCCUGCCGCGGACCCACCAAACAAACCAAGUUCUGCAACAUCGCCGUCUGCCCUGUGGAUGGUUCUUGGAACGAUUGGUCUGCAUGGACUCCCUGCUCUUCCUCUUGCUCUAAUGGAACGACGCAGAGAACCCGCGAGUGUAACGGCCCCUCGUACGGAGGCUCAGAGUGCAGAGGAGAAUGGCUAGAAACCAACAACUGCUUCCUCAGAGACUGCCCAGUGGACGGGAGGUGGCUGCUGUGGAGCUCGUGGGGCAGUUGCAGUAAGUCCUGUGGUGGAGGUCAUCAGCUCAGACAGAGGGUGUGCGAAGGACCUUUCUUUGGCGGAGAAUCUUGCAACGGUGAUAAAUCAGAAAUGCGAAACUGCAACGAGAAGCGGUGCCCAGAACCUCACGAGAUCUGCGGAGAGGAGAACUACGGAAGUGUGGUGUGGAAGAAGACGCCCGCGGGCGACACGGCUGCUGUGCCCUGCCCGUCCGAUGCCACAGGCCUGAUCCUCCGCAGAUGCACACUGGACGCCGUGGGUCUGGCCUUCUGGGAAAACCCAACUCACAUCAAAUGUGUUUCCAAAGAAUUCCUGGACAUCCAGACCCUGACGCGUGAUCACGUGACCCGGUCUGAGAGCGGUCAGCUGGUGGACGGCGUGUCUGAGGUUCUGUCCAAACUGAGGAUGGCAUCGAUCGACAGCACGAAGUACAGCGGAGACCUGCUGGCAGUGAUGGAGGUCCUGAGGAACAGCACGGAGAUCUUCAGAGGCUCCAAGAUGAGCCUGAGCAAUGCAGAUGUGGAGAAUUACGCUCACACCAUUAGCAACUUACUGCAGGAGGCACACCGAGAGAAAUGGGAGGAAGCUCAACUGAUGGGAGCAAACAUUAAGGAGUUCUUCAGUCUGGUGGAGAACUUCAUCGACAUGAUCGGGCGUCAGAUGAGAGAUUUCCAGGACAUCUACGAGGUCACCGAGAAUCUUGAGCUGAGCAUCCAGAAGCGACCCCGAACCAUGACCUCUGACGUGACCUUCCCCCUGAAGGGCUGGCGCGGGAUGAUCGACUGGGUUCGCAAUUCAGAAGAGAAAAUCACAGUGUCCCGCAACGCCCUGAGUCUAGACGUGCCAGAUGCUGAGCAGAGCACAGGGUUCGUCACCGGUAUCGUUCUCUACAGAAAUCUGGGUCCCAUCCUGUCCUUACAGAGCAACAGCACUCUGCUCAACUCAAAGGUUGUCACGGUAACGGUGAAGCCCAACCCUGGGUUCCUGUCGGCACCUGUCGAGAUCGACUUCCCUCACCUGCACAACGGCACUGUUAAUGAGACCUGCAUCGCCUGGGACGAGAGCGAGAGCGCGUCCCUGCUCGGCUCCUGGUCCGCGCGCGCCUGCAGAUCCGUGUCGCGCGACUCCAGAACCACAUGUGUGUGUGACGGACUGUCCACCUUCGCCCUGCUCGCGCGACCCAACCCCGAUCCGAACAUGGAUAGGUCUCUGUUACCGUCGGUUACGCUGAUAGUGGGAUGCGGGGUGUCGUCCCUCACCCUUCUCCUCCUCAUCAUCAUCUAUGUCUCCGUGUGGAAGUACAUUCGAUCUGAACGUUCAGUGAUCCUGAUCAACUUCUGUCUGUCAAUCAUCUGCUCCAACGCCCUCAUUCUGAUCAGUCAGACGCAAGUGCGCAACAAGGUCAUGUGUGCGCUGGUGGCGGCACUGCUGCACUUCUUCUUCUUGUCAUCGUUCUGCUGGGUCCUGACCGAGGCGUGGCAGUCCUACAUGGCCGUGACAGGCCGCCUGCGUAACCGCAUCAUCCGCAAGCGCUUCCUGUGCCUGGGCUGGGGUCUGCCCGCUUUAGUCGUCGCCAUUUCUGUCGGCUUCACCAAAGCCAAAGGCUACGGCACCGUCAACUACUGCUGGCUGUCUCUCGAGGGCGGGCUCUUGUACUCGUUCGUGGGUCCGGCGGCUGCUGUCGUUCUGGUCAACAUGGUGAUUGGUAUUCUGGUUUUCAACAAGCUCGUGUCCAAGGACGGCAUCACGGACAUCAAGCUGAAAGAGAGGGCUGGGGCGUCGCUGUGGAGCUCCUGCGUGGUCCUGCCUCUCCUGGCUCUGACCUGGAUGUCUGCGGUGUUGGCCAUCACGGACCGACGCUCCGCUCUCUUCCAGAUCCUCUUCGCUGUGUUCGACUCCCUCGAGGGAUUCAUCAUCGUUAUGGUGCACUGCAUCCUGCGCCGAGAGGUUCAGGAUGCGGUGAAAUGCCGUGUGGUGGAUCGUAAAGACGACGGGAACGGCGAUUCCGGAAGCUCCCUGCAGAACGCCCACACACAGCUCAUGUCUGACUUUGAGAAGGAUGGCAGCUCAAACCGACUAGGUGGAACGAAGAGCUCCUCCGAGGAGAAGAUGCCCCCGCCACAGCUUGCCCUGCCCCUCGGCCCAAACUUCCACACCCUUCCGUCCAACCCCAGCGGAAAGAGCCACUUUCCCCCCGUCCCCGAGUACUCCAGCCACACGCUCACCCUGCGGAGAGAGAAAGGUCGCGGGGUCGACCCGUCCUGCGGGAAACCCGUGUAUGUGUGUGAGAGCGAGCUCUUCAAGCAGCUGGAUGUGGAUUUGGCCCUCGCUCAGUCCGAGAGCGCCUGUCCCGACGGCAGCGGUUACGUGCUCCUGCCCAACACCACCUCCACCCUCCGCGCCAAACCCAAAGACGACUCCAGCGGCUCCGGCAAGUACAACAUCAGCACCGAGCUCCCGCAGGCCCGUCUCAUGCAUCUGGGCGGAACCUUCGCCGAACCGCAAGCCGCAUACGCCGUCAAAACGCUCCCCGCCGACCGCGUCAGCGUAUCGUACUCGGAGCGUGACUCGCCCAUUCAGAACAUCCACAACAUCUCCAGCGAGAGUCACGUGACCAGCAGUCUGGGCGACACCUUCGACUCCAUGAACUCCAUGAUGUCCAAGAGCGAAACCAUCUCCACCCUGUCUAUGAGCUCUUUGGAGGUCAGCGAGGGGAGGCAGAAAUCCCGGUACGCAGAACUGGAUUUCGAGAAAAUCAUGCACACCCGAAAACGCCAUCAGAACAUGUUCCAGGACCUCAACAGAAAAAUGCAUCACGCUGAGAAGGACAGGGAGUCACCAGCGUCCGACAGCAAGUCUGUCCGAUGGAGCGUCUCCUCUGCUGGAAGCGACAAGACAAACCACAGCGAUAAGCAGCAGGGAGCCAUGGAUCGCUCCUGGGAGAGCAUGAGCCGGACGCAGGCGUCUCCUCCGGCCUGGGUCAGAAAGGACAUGGAGCCGCUUCAGGCGUCUCCUCUGGAGGGUGUGGAGUGGGAGAAGCCCGGAGCAUCCAUUCCCCUUGUGGGCCAAGACAUCAUUGACCUGCAGACAGAGGUGUGAGGGAUCCACAUCUAACCCUGAACACCUCGGUCUGCAUUUUAUUGGGGAAAGAGAGCGGAAAUGAAGGGAUGAGCAUGUAGAGGGCGGAGAGGAACCCGAGAGGGGAGUGCUGUGCCCGUCUGUCAUUUCAAUACGUGUCUCUCCGGCUUCAGAAGUAGCUCUCGGCUCAAGAUGAUCAUCAGAAGGCAUCAGGAGAGAUUCUGGUUGGUUCAUCGAGAGCUUUUCCCAACACUCUUCCAGGAGGUGGACACCCGCCUGUGCCCGUUCAUUUUUCCACAGCUCCGGUUUGGGAUGGGCGACUCUUCCCAGAGGAGGCUCGACUGCUCGAGCUCAGGGGCCCCUUCCAGAGCGAUCUCGUCGUCGUCUCCCAUGAGCCUCCAGGGGUUGCGAGCUGUGCCGAAUGGACACACAUGAACUGCCGUCGCUGUGGUGUUCGUUUUUAGCGCUUUGCGUGGACGCUUCCAUUAAACUUUGGGGGAAUAAUUGUACUGAAAACUUGAAAAAGACUAUAAGAGCUUCAUGAUUCCUCUGUUAUUAGUGUAGUGAGUUAUUAUUAUCAUUAUUGUGAUUCCUUUGUUCUUAUGAUCAUGUUAUGAUUUUGAGCAUAUUUCAGUUUUAAUCAAAGUUUCAAGAACUGUAUGAAACUGUUCCGUCAUUCCCAAGACAGCAGCAGGAUGAAAUAUCCCAGCUUGAGCUCGGCAUUCUGGGUAAUGUAGGCGGAGUAGCAGUGACUGUGUAGCCUUGGACUCGCUGUUGUUUUCUCCUUCGCUCCAUUGGAUCAGAUCACUGUGUUCCCGCCAUUCCCACCAGCGGCUCUUUCUACGGCCUUGUGAAGGAAUCCCCAGCGCACGUUACGGGAGAGACUCCCGGUGCAGGAGAUCUGCCAAACCGUGACUGGCGUCAGUGCAAUAUGAGGACAGAGGCUUGAUGCCCGAGCAGGACUGACAUCGGAAUCUUUUUAAUCAUUUUCAGAGUUUUAUAUCGCCUUUAUAGAGCCUAUAGAAACCUUUAUGACAACACUGUUCUCGGACUAUAUUAGCCAUCAAAUGAAGGACAAAACAAGACGUUGUGUCUUGCUGCUAAAAGAACUUUCAGGAAAGAAAAAUAUGAUAUCUACACAGAGUAAUAGCUUAGAGAUACAUCUGACUGUGCUUCGGGAAAUGCCCUAGAGUUUUUUACUGAUUUCUCCAUAUUGCUGAGACACUGAACCCUCGGUCGUCUUGUUUUUUAGACCUGCGUGUGUGCUGAUAUCCCUCGCGUCUCCUGUUAGCGUGAGCUUCCCGAUGUCUGUCUGAAUCUCCAGAGUCUGUGUGAUUUACCUCCUCUUGUGAUUGUACAGUUUUAAGAACAAUAAGCUGAAAGUGUCUAGUUUCUAAUAAAAUAAAAUUACUUAAAAU